AUGAAAAUCAAGUACAAAAUCAAGCCGGAAAUUGCACGAGAAUACUUUCAGCCAGAUGAAGAUGUUCCAUUGUUCAUUCUCCCUAUCAACGAUACUAACAAAUUUUUCAUCGAAUUUUUCACUGAAGCAGACUUGGCCGAAUUCUACAUGAUAAUGAGUGACAUUGCGCUUGAUAAAGGAAAAGAAGGGCGUCAGAAGUUUAAACCAAAGAAGAGCGCAGAACACACUGAAGACAUCAUUUUCUACUACAAAAAUCUGAGCUAUUAUCGAAAAGCCCUACUCGAAGACAAAGAGAGAGAAGGAGGAGAAAGCGAUAUCACAGACGGUCGAGGACUGCUAGGAAUCGAAGAAGUCAUCGCUGCACAAAACAUUUUGAGCAGAGUCAUCGCCGCGAACCAGAAUCGAAGAUUAGAUUCCGCAGUUGCUGAGACUGAGAGCGAGACUGAAAGCCUGGAUUCUGAUAUUGCUGAAACUGAGAGUGUUUUGACAGUGGACACAAUUGAAAGUCGUUCUGCUGACCGAUUCCAAAUUUAA